UCAACGGAAGAAGAGAAGAGGAAGAGGAGGGAGGGGGGCUCCGAGGAGCCGGCGGUGGAGGUUCCAUUGCGCGGCCGCACCCUGGUCGACUCUGCUCUGCGCUGGGGAUGAUAAACCUAUCCGCGCCACAGCGGUGGCGGUGGCAGCCGAGUGUCCGGGCAGGUGGGUUGAGCACUUUACAAGUUGAAAGAAAGGUUGCAACCAACCAAAAGGAGUUUCCUCUCCAACAAGAUAAUUGGUCCCAAUGUGACAAAAGAACGAGACUGGAGAUUCCUUCCCUACCAGAGGAUCUCUUGCCAAUGAUACUUUCCCAUAUGCCAAUGCGAGACGCUGCCCGUGCUGCAUGUGUAUCUCGUGCAUUUCUACGUUCCUGGAGAUACUAUCCAAACCUCAUCUUUAAUUCAGAAACAAUAGUGCCGAACCAGAAAGACGUUAAUGGCAAUAAGACAAUAGUGGAUUUCAUCACCAUAGUGGACAACAUUAUGCGAAACCACUCGGGCAUUGGUGUGAAGUCAUUCAAGCUUGAACUUGGCCCUGGCUAUGCAGUGCACCCCUCGCAUCUUGAUCGUUGGCUUAAGGUUGCUAGCACGAUCAAAAUCAAGGAAUUUGCCUGUGAGCUUCCCGUAGGCAGCAAGGCAGAAUACAACUUCCCAUAUUCAUUAUUGUUCACUGAUAAUCGUACACCAAGAAAUUCAGUUCAAUCUUUCUCCCUAUCUUCUUGCGCUUUCCAUCCAACACUUCAGUUCGAUUGCUUGACAAGCUUGAGGAGUGUGCGUUUGAGCUGGGUGCACAUUACUGGGGAGGAAUUGGCAUGCUUCCUCUCCAAUUCUUUCAACUUGGAGACUUUGGAAAUUUCGUGCUGUUGCAAGAUUUGUUUCCUCAAGACACCAACUGUGCUGCAACAGCUCAACUGCCUACAGGUGCAGAAAUGCUAUGGUUUAAAUAUGAUAGAGAUCAAUGCUCCAAAGCUCUCCAGUUUUCAUUAUCGAGGGCCAUGGAUAGAAAUAUCACUUGGCGACUCGGUACAGUUAAAGGAUGUAAACUUAUUGUCCUACUCUUGGCGCCACAUGUUGAAUUAUGUCCAUACCAAGCUUCCUACCAUUGCUCGCAAUGUUGAAAAUCUGUUUGUGAUGACUCGUGAUGAGGAUGUCCACACACCCAUGGUGCCUAAUAAAUUUCAUUACCUCAAGUACUUGGAGUUGGUGUUUAUUGGAGCGAGAAAAAAAUCAACUCCUUGCUAUGAUUUCUUCUCUCUUGUUUCUUUUCUUGAUGCUUCCCCUGCCUUGGAAACUUUUGUCUUACAUUUGGACUCCGUUGGCACUAGCGAUGACUGCAUUUUUGGAGAUUCCUCGGAAUUGAGGGAGCUUCCUAAAUGUAACUACAACAACCUGAAGAAUGUAAAGAUCACGGGAGUCGUGUCGUCAAAGACCCUGGUUGAAUUGAUAUGUCACAUUCUUAACAACACACCUCUGCUUGAGUGUCUUACGCUGGACACCAGAAUAUAUGGUUUCAAACAUGAGAUUGAGAGAUGCCCAACAUUGGACCCUGGCAUGAUGAAGGAGGGUCAGAUUGAAUGCGAGUUCGACAGGGAGCUGCUCAUGUCUGAAUCAGAUUAUAUGGAAGCGUGCAGAGCUCGACAUGUUAUCAGAAGAUAUAUUGAAAGGAAGGUCCCUUCCACUGUUAAUUUUGAGGUCGUUGAGCCUUCCUGGAAGCGAGCUGUUCUGGGGAAGCGAGUUACUGUAGGGACACAAAAAAUUAUGUACAUUCGUAAGUCUAGACAAGACUAAAAAGUUUUGCGAUAUAAUAUGAAAAUAUUAUAGGUAGAAACUUUACAUAUUUUAUAUAUGUAUAAAGUUUGCACAAAUAAACUCUCUAUGUAAGUCUGAGGCAAUUUCAAACCAUGUACAAACUUUAUACAUCAAAGCUUUGUACA